CUGAGCAGCCUGCCAGAAUGCGAAGUAUGAAUGUAGCUGUCUGUUUGUGUGUCUUUAUAUAGUUCAGGCGUGUACGCUCGGACGUUUUGGGCGAGCGUAUACCUGUAAGUGCAAGCGUCAGGGUUCCUUGCGGCUGUUAGUCCAUCCCUUUGUCUAUGGGGACCUAUAGCACUGGUGCGGUGUGCGAUUAAGGAAACAUAUGCGCGUAUACCCGCAGCGCGAAAGCCUCUAGGUUAUAACUUGAAGUUAAAAAACUCAUCCUCAAUGCCUUACACAAUACAAAUCGAUAGAGCUAUUCGAGUUAGCAGUUAUUAGGUGAAAACUGGUCCUCCCUGGGCCGAAACUAGAAUGGAAAUCCAUUGCUUGAGUAAUACAAUUUAUGAGGUUAUUUGUAUUACUAUUUGAGCAGCUUUAUAAGUGACGCUAGUAGUCGCAGCAGCAGUAGCAGAUCGUCUUUUCUCUCGGACAAACGAACAACCAACCUAUACUACUCUAGUCUACUCUGUAAAGCUAGCUGAAGACUAAUACCGCGUGCUCAGUCGUCAAAGUGUCGUAGCUGGUAAAGGCUCUAAAAUUCACGUCGUGGUGUAAAUCGCGACUCACAGUUACGAUCUCAGUACCUUAGAAAUAGCAAGAACAAUCAACCUGCAUUAACAUCUCGCAAGCAAACCAGCUGGUCAGCACUGGUCAUUGCUAAGACAAUGCUUUAUAAUCAAACUGAGUUCAAAGCAAAGAAAUGGUCAACCAAGAGAGGAAGCUGCACAUAUGCGUAGUUGAGCACCCGGCGUGUCUUAGUUAUGUCAUACGAAAGCCGCUGAUAUUUCUGUAAUAGCGCUCUACCUAUGUAGCCUGCGAUAGAUGUUGACAUUUUGUUCCGUAAGAACAAGGUGUAUCGAAAUGGCUCAACAAAUGAGAAUCAAUCCUGACCAGCCUGGCUUCUGGGCUCCAUCUUGUAACCGGAUCGACGAAGGACAGGACUUUCAACCUCGCACCUGGGAUGACCUAAAAAUAAUAUUAAUAGACAUUGCCUAUCUUCUUAACGUUCUAAGUAGGGAAGUGAAGAAUUUUACCUUCUAGUGGAUAAAAAGUGUGUAUGUACCGGAAAGUCCGAAAAACGUUGAAGAACUUUACGCAGAGGUUAUCGUAAUAGAGGACGACUUGAGUGAUAUAGAGUUACUUAGUGCCGAAGUAGCUUACAAACAGACCGAGACCGAUUUGCAAAAGUUUGCUGUCACUGUGGAGCAGGCCAACGCCGAUCACAGGAAUAAAGAAGGUAUAUUUUACGGACGUUGAGCGUGACCGUGUGCAAGUGUUAGGGGUCUCAGGCAGCACAUGCGCGCGUGCCAAAUCCAACCAAAUGCUCCUGUCGGCAGAUACAUUAUGAGCCCCGAAGAAAAGCAUCAGAUCGCCCAGAUUCCAUAGUUAUAAGCAGGGACUAUGUCUCUUUGCAUCAGCUGUGGGCUUAUGCGGCGUUCCGCUCGCGAAUCUUCAGGGAACUUGAACACCACCCAGAAUUGAAGCCAGACAAUGUAAUCAAAUAAGUUACAUUAACCAUGAAAAAAUCACUUAGAUCAUAUAUCAAACCUCCCAUGCGAUAAUCAGUGUGUCUAUGGAAGAUCAAGCAAGACAAAGUUACUUAUUCUACAAUGCAAACUUCCUUUUAAUUAGCACGAAACAACUAAUUUAAGAGGUCGUAAAUUAUAAGACAGAUCGCAUCUUCACUUAAACUGAGUCUCAAAACGCGGUACGUUGUGCUACCCUGAGUGGAUUUUUGACAAAUCCCCGUAAAUAAUUAAUCGCGAUCUACAGCGUGCUUAUAUAUAAUACCCUUGUAUGUUAUUAUAUAUAUUUAUUUAUACAAUAUAUGACCGUCAAUAGUAUGUACUUUACUUUCUUUUGUAGCGGCACGUUGGUUAACGUCAAAGAAACGGAGUGUGCGCUCGAUAAUAAAGAUCCCUUUUAUGGACGUAUCAUACCAUGAAAGAAAAUUAUAGUAUAUAAGACACUUAAAUAAUUAUAAAAUGUCAAAAUAAUCAGCAAUAAAGAGUUUAAUAAGUACUUCAUAGCUUUCAUAUAUAUAUAUAUAUAUAUGGUAAGGAAUCUGAUAAAAUGAUAGUAACAGAUUACACAGGCCUUAACUUUUGCAAUGGCGCAGUUGUAAUGUUAUUGACCUUAUUCUUACAGACUAAAUCUAAAUCUAGGGAUGAUUUACAUAGUUUGCACCCGUAGCUUCUGAUUGAACUUCUAAACAUGAGAGCGGUCAAGAGACAUGUGUAUCCGUAUGUAAUUACAGCAUUAAUGAUAAGUGAUUCAAUUUUAGAUGCUCCAAUCUGGUUGUGUAUUAUAUACGCGUAUAUAUGUGGUUUGAAAUUGUUUUAGCCAAAAAACAGGACGUAUAUCAACGUCUAAGUUAUCAGCAUUUAUAAUAAGUAAAGUGUUGACAGUUGGGUUCUUGAUGCACUUCCCUAAUUCAUACUAACUAAGGAUCAUAAAUUGCGACCAUUUGUCUAAUAUAUUUGGUGUAACUUUACUAAUCGACAAACCAAAUAAGUUGAAUAACUUCUUUAGCAAUGCUUUAACGCUUCCAAAAUGGUUAAAGCCCUGCGCUCAUUUUACAUUGUUAAAGACGCUAUUUUUCAGCACUUUAUUAACGGAAUAACGCGAGAGUUAUGAUACUAGAUGCAGAAUACUUACAUGUGUGAUGAAAACCCGACUUCUUUUCAUAAGGCAAGAAUCUGCAUUUUAUUCAGCUUUUAACAGAAGGUAUUGCAACGAAGGAUUUUAAAGCAUGAGUUAAAAAUUUGACUACAAGGUUGGUCUUUAUUAAACAGUUGUAAUACGACCAUACUUAAGGUGUUUACGUAACACUUUCCUGACGCAAAAUCAAGUAGCAAAUACACUAACAUAAAGCAUGGCAAGUUACUUGGCUUCGAGGUAUAAUUCUUCACAGUCUAUUUUAAGCUACAAUGUACUCACAACGUUCGAAUGUGAAUCCGAUAGUUUCAAGUAUAAUUUUCAUGAAGUACUCACCAAACACCGUAUAUUAUUAGCCAACGAAUCCGAUUUCUGCACUGUCGGUUAAGUAAUACCCUAGUACUAGCGCUAGCUAUACAAGUGAUAAUAAAUGUAUUGAAAAUAUAUGCCUUCUGUAUACGUAUCAUAGUUUUUUGCAUUAUCCCCUUAUUAUUUCUCAUGUGUUAUUCACCAUCCCUACAAAUGGCAUUCGUUCACAAUAAAGAAGUCUUUAAAUACUUGAACGGGUUCUGCAUAAAAAUUACAAUAUUAAGGCCAACACACAAGAAACUACAUGCGAAUUUCGUUACUUACUGAAUAAUGCUCCAUAGGCUUAUCUUUCUUUGGACGCUUUAUGUAUCCACGCCCUUUCUAAAACAUAAAUAAGUAAAAAUAAAGGAAGCAAUGACAAUGUUAUAUAUUAUACAACAUUUUCUGUAUUUCUUACUUCAACCUGAAAUGUCUGAUGAUUAAUCGCAUUAAACUUUUUGCUUAAAACGACCGACCUCUGACAAUGAACUAGGUUUAUCGUAACAAAUUACUCACGUAAAAUUUUAGUUUCAAGCCGACUACAUUGUCAUUCUCAUUGUAGGAAGCGAUGUUGCAGGUUAUAACGACAUUGACUUAUUAUUUGCAUGUGACUUAGUCUAUACUAUACCGCUCCUUAAAACCUGAUGAUCUUUAACGUGGUAAAUGAGUUCUGCAACAGAUUCCCUUUAAUUGACUGAUCGCUCGUCAAUUCUAUCGAUUGAUCUUUAGAUGAUAUCGAUGUUUUUUAUAAGGACAAUACGUACCCCUACGAUAUCACUCGAUUUAAUUCGUUUUUGUUUGAUACUAUAAUGGAUUCCUUACCAUUUAAUUAAUUACCAAAAACACGACAUUAUAUCGAUAACUUUGAUCUACUGCUACGCAAUAGCGCUUUUGACUCAUUUUCAGUUCAAAUCGUCAGACCGCUGAAAACCGACAGCACUCAGAUUCCUGAAAUAAUUGCCGCAUAAAUUAUGAGUUUUCGCUCACUAUGCGAGCACUAUUCUUCUCGGGUUAUCAUAAUUGACGCAUGCGCAUUUUUACGCCUUAUUAUUACCUACUUACUACCUAUACAAGCUUGUCUAAUCGUGGCAUCUAUCGUGACUGACUGUUAUGAGGCAAUUGAGUUAGGUCUACUGGACUCCGAGACUCGAAUUCAAAUAUUUUUCUAUACCUUGAUAAAUAUACAUACGUACAUUAUUAUUAUUAUUGGCAUUUAAUAUUAUAAAGUUGUUAAAGACGGCAUUCUAAAUGUUUGCUUGUUUACAUCUAUCCAUGUCUUAGGCAUACAGAUUUGGUAAUUAUUAUUACUAAUUAGUAGUAUAUGAGCACAAAUAGUAAAAUGUGUAAUUAAUUUAUUAUAUUUUAAUAAAACUUUAUAAUGUUCGAUAGGAAGUGGCGUGAAGAAAAAUAAUUUAAUUACGUUUUAAAUUUUUACAGUACUUAUAUAAUUAAAAGUUAAGAUGUAACAAUACAAAUGAUUCAAAAUACAACUAAACAAAAAUAGUUUACGAAGUUCGACAAAAAUCAUUCUGUCUUUCCAAAUAUUCUCCGUUAGUCGAAGUACAAGGAUUUUCAUGCUCAAAAAGUUCUACCUUUUUCAAAACAAAAUGUACACUUAAACACCUUUUGGAUAUUAGCCACGAACCACUCAUCCCAGAUACCACUGGGACUGUAUAUUGCAAAAAUCCUCAACCAUCUAGAAGUGCUGAAGGUAAUGAAAGGCUAAACCAAAUACCUUUAGAAAGUUCUGCAUGUUUGCAUGUGCUAUUUACUUACUUAGUAUUAUGGCAAAAUAAAAUGGAAAUCGAUGCGCGGAAUAAUAAUAAUUAUUUGCGAUUAUAGGUGCUUCUAUUAACUCACGAUACGCGCGUUAAUGAUAACACCUUAAUACUGAUCUACUCUAGAAAGAGUAGAUCAGUAUUUCCAUGAGUAGAUAUGCACUUCUAUCGCUGUAAACUAAAGAGAUACAGUAUGGACAAAUAUUAAAGUAUAAUGAGCAUCUAGCUAAAGCAGACUUGUCUCUUUAGGUUAGGCGCUCGAUGACUUAAAAUGUUACAAAAUGUCUUAAUUUAGUGGCCCCUGUACCAUGAGUCACAUGAUCUAAUAAUAGGGAACAAGAAAUUGUUAUGAAUGUACCGUCGAGACAAAUUAAAACUGCUAGAUGUACCUGAACUACAGAGAGAAAUUAAAGAGGGAAGUCGAUACGUUUUGUAUUAUUUUAGUUAACACAAUCGUAGUUCGAAGCUUAUCACGUUUUUAUGAAGUUUAACUGCCGGAUUAUUUCAAAACUUCUGUUCAACUAUAUUUGUUAGUUCUGAAGGUCUACAAUAAUCUUCUUUUACUGGAAAUAUCGGUAUGAUUAUUGUUCCCUUUUGAUUUGCUUAGACGUGCUUAGCUAAACUUCUUCUGUAAAAAAAUAUAUCAAACCUUUAGUAAAGAUUUUUAUACGUAAUAACAGCGUAUGUAGAUAUGUCAAAGAUGUCUCAAAGCACCACACACAAUAUUUUGAAAUUUGCAACAUAAAAUAAUUUAAUUUCAAAUUAUUAACUAAAUUAGAAUCCAUUACCAACCCGAAAUAGCUGACUUUAGUAUAAUUCGAAUGUUAUUUCGAGCGCUUAUUACAAGUUAAUUCAACUUCACGCGUGUCUUCUAUCUAUUGCACUAAAAAUAAAUAUUAUCCUUAGAGAAGUAUAGAAGGUUGUUAGUUCGACGUGUUAAUAGAAAGAAUGUAACAGAGCGCCUCAGAUAAUGCAUAACGUAAUGAAGUAUGCACCGCCAUGCGAGCAAUUCUAAGCGCAAAUAGUCGAUCUAGCUCAACAUAUUUCAACUUUUUGUAUACAACCGCAAUUGAUUGGUCUUGAGUACAAUAAACCAUUUCUUCGCAUCUCUACAGCAGACAGGCUGCCUUAAUCGGGUAAACACCAGCCAGUGAGGGUCUGCCAAUACGAAUGAAGAUAAACACAUUAGCUGAUAGAGGCAGCAAAAAAAGAGAAAUAGUGUGGAGAGCGGUAAACAGCAAGGCGUUACAGUGCUGUUUGGACCCGUGGUGUCAACACUUGCUGGAUAAAGCUACCUACGUGUCCAAACGGAAUCGAUACGGCCAGGACACUUCUUGAUAUUUGGAUCUGCAAAGUUCAACGGCAACCGGCGUCGGUUUCAUUUUAAUUUAUCAUCAUAUUUGUGAAUUGCAUCAUAUUACUGUAUGUAUGAAUUCAACAGAGAGUCUAGUCGAAAUGUGCCCGUAAACUGCAAAUGAUUAAAAUAUUGACAUGCACCUAAAGUUUUAUGCAGUAAUUACUUGAUAAUAAUAAUAGUAAAAUUUAAUUUCAUGCAUGCCUAAUUUACCAGAUGUCAUGUAAAGUAAUCGUUUGCACAGUGUAUAGAUGCAGCAACCUAAAAUAAAAAAACAAAUAACGGAUAUAGCUUUUGCGGUCUAAUUAUUUUUAUUAUCUUCAGCGGCAGGCUGCCAAAUAACAAGAAUGAUGGAGGAUGAGACAUCGACGAUGCUUUCCUACUCUGCUUCAUUGUACGCAAAUCUUUCGACCUUGCUUGAUGUUGAAUAUUGGUCCUGGAUUUGGUGGCUGUUUAAACCUGUGUUGAUAACGUUUAUUCUACCUGGUAUGAUUUAUAUUCUUCUAUACAUUUCGAUCAUCAUUCUCUACUUUUAUCGCUUUCGGCAUAAAAUUCGGCAGGACGUCCAACAGGAUAUAUGGCACGGAGCUCGCACUUUUCUUGCGCUCCUAUGGUGGGGCCACGCUCGCAUCUAUCACGGAUACGAGAUGCUUGGCCUCGAAAACAUUCCAUCAACUGGACCUGCAUUACUCAUCUACUACCACGGAGCAAUCCCCAUCGAUUAUUAUUAUCUUCUAUCUGGCGUUUACCUGUAUAAGCAGAGAUUGAUAUGGGGUAUUGGGGAUCGUUUUUUACAGAAAUUGCCCGGCUUUCACAUACUUAUGGAAGUAAUGAAAAUAACUCCAGGCUCCAUUCCCAGCUGCGUGGAAAGUUUGAAUAAUGGAAACCUGUUAGCAAUAUCGCCCGGCGGAGUUUUUGAGGCAUUGUUCGGCACCCACAAAUAUCAAUUACUGUGGCGAAAGAGAGUUGGGUUCGCCAAGGUAGCUCUUGAAGCGAAAGUACCAAUCAUACCGAUAUUUACACAAAAUCUCCGAGAAGCUUUCCGCUCUUUUCCUUACCCUAUGGCGUUCUUCUUGAAGGUUUACGAAUUAACAAAAUUACCUCUUGUUCCACUUUAUGGCGGUUUUCCUGUUAAGUUAAGAACGAUCGUCGGCAAGCCAAUCGCAUACGACUCAAACCUAACUCCAGAAAAAUUGGCUGAAAAGACAAAACUAUCGAUUGAAGACUUGAUAAUGCAGCAUCAGCGUAUCCCAGGAUCGAUCUUGAAGGGAAUCAUUGAUCGGUUCGAUUGGCUUCCAACACUACUUGGCCAGAAAACCAAACGACGAAUUUCAGAUGGCAACAAUGAAGAAAUAAGGAAACUGCAGUUACACUUCGUCAGAGACAAACGAAAAGUAGGUUUGUGUUUAAGUUGUUUGAUUGUUUUUCAGUCUCUCUUAUAAAUGUACUUAGUAAUUCUAACUUCUAGAUCCUUGUUAUUGUUUUUCUUGUUUUGACAUGAUUGGUUGUAGUCUUGAUUUGAACUUGUGCCGAGGAUUGUUGUUGCUUGUGUGCUUGACAGUUUAUUUCAAUCCGAAUGAGGACAAAAUGAAAUUUCAAUUUUUACUUUAUUCCAGAGGUAGGGCAGAUUUAUUAGCGUGUAUUUAUGAUGUAUCAUAAGACAUACAUCGGACAAAUUUUUAUUUUCAACCUCAUCAUGCGCUUCUUAUGCAAUGUAGCCUGUACAUUAUAUUUGUGAUAAUAAAGUACUGAUUUUUCUGUAGUUUGCACUCUUACUGGUGUUACACUUAGUUAGCUAAUUGUGCGAAGCGCAACUCUAUUGUUACCGUGUAAAACUAACCGAAACUGUAUCUUCGUGCUAUCUACUUGCUAGUUUGAGACUUUAAAAAUGGUUUUAACAGAAAAGUUGGUUUUAAGAAAUCUUAUUGGAUACUUUUAUAUUGAUUAAAAGCUAAGAAAUGUCGGCGUCUAAAAAUGUAUAUAUUAAAUGUGUUUUUGCCCUUUAAUUAUUUUUGCGAUAAUAUAUUUU